CCACGGAACAGUUGCCCAGCAUCAUCGUCCCCAGGCAUCGCCACCAAUGUGACUGGGAGAGUCGACCUCUCCACCGUCCAAGACGACCAUCGAUCUGCUUCCGGGUUUCACACCUGUCCAGUUCCACCACACCACUCCACCCAGCCUCGGUUGCCUCCUCAACACCCUUCCCCAGCAUAUGCCCGAAUUCGACAUGUCAGAUCAUCCUCCACCUGUGGGGAGCUUGUUGAGCAAUGGAUCAUUCAUCGACUGGCCCGUCCAGGCUCCAGCGAGAGCCUGCGACUCAAAAUCCAGCCGAGGGUGCCACGAAACUUCGUCCCGUGUCCCACACCCUCUCCACCGUGAACCAGUCACGCCGCAUCCAAAGAGGCGGGGGAAAGCGCUAGCUCUCCUCGCUAUAUAACAGGCGAAGGCGAUCGUCGUGCGCAGCAGGCAGGACAACUCCUCCAAGAAGCUGAGAUCCUUUGUACGUCUGCUUCGUUUACAACCGUUGGCACCAGCACCAGCACCAGCACCAUGUCCACACCCACCUCCAACGUACAAGCCCCCGACCAACUCCCCUGGGAUCCGAACUGCGAGAGGUUUCCCUCUCGCAAAGAGCUCCCCGAGAUCCCGGGUGCGCCGAAAGACGCAGCCUGGGUCUGGGGCAAAGAUGACGCGCUGGGACGCUUGAACCUGCUCACUCCUGCCAGAGUGAAAGAGGCAGCGAAGGAAAUCAUAUCCGGAGAAAUGUUCCGGCUCGA